AUGGACGCUAGCAAUGUAGUUGCGGGAUCGCAUUAUUUAGAAGAUCUGGAAGGACCGCCUGUAAGUCAACCACUACUGAUUUCGGCUGGUUAUGAUCAGUGUGUUAAAUUUUGGGAUAUUGCAAGAGGUGAGGCACGAGAAAAUUUCAUGCAGAAAGACUCGCAAAUUAAUGCGAUGAAUAUUUCUCCAAAUGGCUUGUAUCUGGCGAUUGCUGGAUGGCAACACGUCCGUAUCUAUCAUUUGGGGGUAUCUCCCCCUACAAUGGCAGCUUCAUGUGAUUCAGGAAACAAAAAUGUGACAGUGGUUGGCUCCGAUGACCGUUGCAAAUUUUUUUACACUGCUGGUGAAGAUGGUCUUGUAAAAACCUGGGAUUUCCGUACUUCUUUACACUGCCAAAGUAGUUUUCAAGUCAACGCUGCAGUGAAUUGUGUUGUUACUCACCCAUAUCAAUCGAUUUUAAUUAUAUCAGACGUUUCGGGAGCAUUGUAUUUUUGGGAUGUGGGAAAUGAAGUUAGCGAUAUUUUUUCGAACUUAAAUCUCGACGUAUUUGAACAUAUCACUUGUGUUGAUAUCAAUAGAGCUGCUGACACACUUAUCGGAGUAACAAAUAGAGGAAAAGUCAUAGUAUGGUCUGUAUCAACAUUAUCUGAACUCGGUAUUAUAUCCACCACUGGCUUAACACUGCAGCAAAAAUCAAAAAUUGCUGCUCAUUCAAAAUAUGCUUUGAAAUGUCGCUUUUCGCCUGAUUAUAAGUAUUUUGCGACGACGGGUGCUGAUGGUUAUGUACAUCUAUGGGAUGUUACAAAUGUCACAAAACCCGCAAAGUCCCUUUUUGUUGCACUUGAUUUAACAAAGACAGUUCAUCUAGAGAAGCUGGAAUCACGAUGGGUUUGGGAUUGUGCAUUUACAUCCGACUCUAAAUAUCUUUUCACUUCAUCUGGUUGUCAGUUACGAUUAUGGAAUCUUGAGACUGAAGAAAUGGUACGGCAAUAUCAGGGUCACAGCAAAAUGAUUUCUUGUUUUUCAUUCCGCGAAGGUCGAUGUGUUUUUUAA